GCCCUGCCCCUCAGUCUCGCUAGAGCGCUUUCGAUAUAACAACGUCAUUUCGCCAUGAUGGAUUCGAAUUCAAAUUCGUACGAUAUGUAUUCACCAAAAAUAGAAAUAGACUCUGAAAGUGAGAGAGAUUAUUUGAGGCGGGAUUCGAAUGCGAAAUUCAAAGUGCAUUGGAACUCUGAGAACACCAUGAAAUUGAUUGAGACUAUGGAGAAGGAGUGUAGAGAGUUGUGGGAUAUAAAGAAUCCGUUGAACAAGGACCGGAACGCACGGCAAGCGAAGUUUGAGUAUUUGGCGGAAAUAUUUGGUACUACUGGGGAGGAGAUAAGCCGGAAGGUCCACAAUUUGCGGACGCAGUUUAACAACGAGUUGCGCAAAAUAAAGCGUCGUCAGGUGACGCGGAGCGGGUGGGAGUACUUCGAUGCCCUCUCGUUCCUGAUGCGUGCGCCCUCCGCCGACCCUCUCGAGACAGUGGACGCGGUUAAUUUGGAGCUCGCUGAGUUCCAAGCUGAUGAAGAAGAGGAAUUCGGAGCAGCCGCGCGAGCGCACGCAGCCCUCACCAACCAGCUCAAUAAUGCCAACAGUAGUCCCAGCAGACGGCUUCACAGGCCUCUGAGGGUUGCAGCAUCAGCCCCGCUGCCUUUGCCACCCAGUGCUAAUCCGCUGAUGUGGCCUGAGGAACCUACGCCGAGGAUCAGGCCUGGGUUGAAUGCUGAUGAGUGCCAGAUAUUCGGCGACUUCGUAGCCUCAGAGCUAAGGACACUACGAUCCCACGAAUCCCGCAAACGUCUGAAAAGAAUGAUCCAGAAAGCCAUCCUGCAAAUCGGCGAAGAAGAAGACGUCAACAUGAUCAGUGGAUGACAUAGAAGACUGUCACUCGAUUCCACUGAGUAGACCGUCUACUUCUAGAAGAUUCGAGUGAUGUCAGUUGCUCUCUGACAUUUAUUUCUCGCACAGUGGUCAUUGUGAUUCAAGCGUAUGAACAAAACGGAAUGUUCAGUGACUGUUAUUUAUGUAGGAAUGGCCUAUUUAUCUGCAUUGUGUUGUUAGAUACAUGCGUGAUCUGAUAUAAGAUCUGCUUUUUAUGUAAUUUUAGUAUUAGAUAGGUAGUUAAUGCAUAUUGAUAUGUCGAAAUAUAAAUAACUGAGGAAUGUUAAUUGUGACUUGUAAAAUAUCUCGAAAUAUUCGCUGGCUGACUGCUGAUGUAGGCAAAAGUUGAAUCAGUGUCUUUUUAAGAUUCGGUCUAGAAGAAGAAUUUUUUGCUUCUAAGUUACUACAUAGGGUAAGAAUGAACACAUUUACAGGUUUUAAAAAUAAAUAAAUAAAUGUUUUAAAAUGAUACUUGCAAAAAAAUAAAAGGAUUCCAUCUUCACAAUUUAAAAAGAAAAACAUAUUAUUAAGAACAACAAUUAUAAAUGUAAUACGUAAUACCACUUAAAUAGUUGAAAGUGCAUCCAUUCAUUAAUAAAUACAAGCAAUAGCAGUAUAAUUAUCUCGCAUGCAUUUAGUUAGAUAUUUACAUAUUUGAUGUCCAUACAGCAGAAAUAUUUAGAAACAAAAAUCUAUAAUUUUUAUUCUAAACUGAAACGUAAUUAAACACAAAUUCACAUUAUUAUUGCAA